CUUCCACAGAAUCCUGGCGCAUCACAGAAGCUGGAAGUUCUGAUGUUCCAUUGAAAUCACAAUGGAACGUCGUGACUUAACCUGGUCACAGUAAUGAAAGGCAGUAAUAGAAAUAAUCAUUCAGCAGAAGGGGAAGGAACUGGAAAACGACCAAAGAGGAAGUGUCUUCAGUGGCAUCCAUUACUAGCAAAGAAGCUUCCUGACUUUUCUGAAGAGGAGGAAGAGGAAGAGGAAGAAGAAGAUAUUGAUAAGGUCCAACUUCUUGGAGCUGAUGGCCUAGAGCAUGAUGUAGAUGAGACUGAAGAUGAUGAAUCUUCAGAGCAGCGAGCUCGUAGACCAAUGAAUGCAUUUCUUUUAUUUUGUAAACGCCAUCGCUCCCUUGUUCGUCAGGAACACCCCCGGCUGGAUAACCGUGGUGCUACCAAGAUACUGGCUGAUUGGUGGGCAGUUCUAGACCCAAAAGAAAAACAGAAAUAUACAGACAUGGCCAAGGAGUACAAAGAUGCAUUUAUGAAAGCCAAUCCUGGCUACAAAUGGUGUCCUGCAACAAACAAACCUGUGAAAUCUCCAACGCCCACUGUUAAUACACGAAAAAAGCUGUGGGCCUUUCCAUCUGACUCUGGAAAAGAUUUACCAAGCCCCAAGAAAGCCAAGACUGAAGAAAUGCCUCAGCUUAACUUUGGGAUGGCAGAUCCUACUCAAAUGGGAGGCCUGAGCAUGCUGCUUUUGGCCGGGGAACAUGCUCUGACUGCACAAGAGAUAUCUUCAAACACAUCACAUCCAGAGGCUCCUGCCCCAGCUAAACAGUGUGAAGAGUCAGCCCUGUUUCAGUUUGCAGAGAUCUCUUCAAAUACUUCACAGUUGGGUAGUCCUGAGCCUGUGAAACGCUGCGGGAAGUCAGCACUCUUCCAGUUGGCAGAGAUGUGCCUAGCAUCAGAAGGAGUAAAAGUAGAAGACGCAAAGGUGAUGAAAGCAAAAGAAUCAGAAGGGAGAAGCAUGGAAGAAUCUGAGAAGGGAAAAGUAGAAAGGGAAAUAAAAGUAGAGAAAUCAGAGGAAGACAAGUUGCAGAAGAAGACAGAAUUGGAAAAGCCAGCCGAAGAAGUAGUCAAAGACUGCCCAAGUGUCAAAACCUUUGAGGAGAUUAAAGUGGACCAAAUGAAGGAGGGAAAGAAGGAAGAUAGUGAAGAGAUAAAAAAAGAAGAGUUGAAGGAAGAUCAAAAGUGUAGCCACUUUACUGAUCCCUCUUCUUCUGUCAGUAGUAAACUAAUCGCAACUGAUGGUCCCAGCAGAAAAGAUCCCAUAUGUCAUUCCCAUGAAACUGUGAUCGUUGAGGACACCUCAGGAUUAAGCAAACCAGAGAAGCUGAAAAAGAAGAAGAAGAAGAACAAAAUGGACCGACAUGGGAAUGAAAAGUCCACUCCCAAGAAAACCUGCAAAAAGAGGCAAUCCUCAGAGUCUGAUAUUGAGAGUGUUAUAUAUACGAUUGAAGCAGUUGCAAAGGGAGACUGGGGCAUCGAGAAACUUGGUGAAACCCCUCGCAAAAAAGUUCGCACGUCCUCAAGUGUGAAGGGAAGCAUUCUGGACACCAAGUCACCAAAGAAAAAAGUGAAGUCAAAAGAGAAGAAGAUGUCAAAGGAGAAACUGUCAAACACCACCAAAGAGUCCAAGCCUCUGGAUUUCACUAGUGUUACUGCCAACAAAGAGGUUACCGGAGAGGUACCAGAAUGUGUAAGAGCAGAACCAUUGACUCCAACGGAGGAGGUUCUACCACAGAGCUUGCCAGGACAGGUCAAAACAGAGGAGAGUGACUGUAAUAGAAAGAUAGAAAUCUGUGGCUCAAGGAAAUCUGAGAGGUCUUGCAAAGGUGCUCUUUAUAAAACUCUGGUGUCAGAGGGCAUGCUCACAUCCCUGCGAGCUAAUGUGGACAGAGGGAAAAGAAGCUCAGGAAAAGGCAACUCCUCUGAUCAUGAAGGGUGUUGGCAUGAAGAAAAUUGGUCAUUUACCCAGUGUGGGACAAGUGGGAGUAAGAAGCUAAAAAGACCAAAGCCAAAGGAAGAGUUUGUCCUUGGCUUAGCAAAGCUGGAAGAAGAAUUUGAAAAAAAAUUCAAUAGCCUUCCUCAAUACAGUCCUGUCACAUUUGACCGGAAAAGUGUAUCUGUUCCAAGAAAAAAGAAGAAGACUGGAAAUGUUUCAUCAGAACAGACUAAAACCAGCAAAGGUUCAUUCCAGUCUCAGAAAAAGAACCUAUUCCACAAAAUUGUCAGCAAAUAUAAGCACAAAAAGGAGAAGCCUAAUGUUCCGGAAAAAGCCAUACUUUCAGAAGACAAAAACACCACUGAGCCUCCCCGCAAGACUAAAGAUGCCCCAUCGGUUCCAAACACUCCAGAGCCAACAACAACGCAAGAGCCUUUGGUUGGCAGCCAAAAAAGGAAAGCAAGGAAAACGAAGAUCACACAUCUUGUCAGGACAGCAGAUGGCCGGGUGUCACCAGCAGGAGGUACUUUGGAUGACAAGCCCAAGGAACAACUGCAGGGUAGUCUCCCUAAAGCAUCAGCUACAGACGCAGAUUGCAAUGAGGAAUGUUCCCAAAACAUCGAAGCAGAGGAGAUUCGUAGUAUCACACCAGACAUGCCAGCUGUGUCUGCGUUCUUCAGCCUGGCUGCCCUGGCUGAGGUAGCAGCAAUGGAGAAUGUGCACAGAAGUCAGCGGGCAACUCCCCUUGCCCACGAUGGACAGCCAAAAGAAAUGCCACAGGCUCCUGUACUUAUUUCCUGCGCUGACCAGUGAAGCUCCCCUUUAUUGUAAAACAUUGUGCUUUACCUAAUAUCCUAGCCUUGUCUUUACCAAGGGAAGCUAGUCAGUCCAUAGGAUGGAAAAUAAUAGAUUGCGAACACGUGAUUGGUACCCUGCACGGCCCAGAUUUCACUUGAAGCCAGAAGUUAGCAACUUGGGCCAGGUCAUCCUAUUGGAACCCAGAAUCUUUGAGGGGGAUGUUAUUUGUCUGAUAAUGAACAGAAUGAGAAUGAUCCUGGAGCUUUGCUUUCUAUUGAAGGCUUUUAAUGGUAAAUUGGUGGUUACUUGGAAGUGGCUGCCUUUACUGUAGCUCAUCCAGCGUCUCUUCUACCAACCAGAGAGUGUGAAACUAGUUUCGUAUAAUACUUAGUUAUUCUUUAAAAAAAAAAAAAAAACAAAAAACGACAACAAAAAAAACUGACGCACUGCACUAGUUAUUAUUAGAUAUUCCUAGUCAUUUUUGUACAUGAAGAUUUAAGUUCUAAGAUGGUUUAUAUAAUAGGUUAUGCCUACAUUUAUAUUGUAGAAUAAAUUAAAAAAAAAAACCUGUUCCAGAGAACCCCAAACAGCAUGGGCAGACGUACCAUUGUUAGCGGUGUAUGCUCAGCCACGUGGUCCAUACAUUCUGCACUUUUAUAUUUGCCACCAGAGUGGUAGUUUGCUGGCAAAAAGAAAAAAAAAGUCUGACUCUACUUACAGGCUGAGUCUUUUCUUAGGCUUGAAUGAUCAAGGAGAAUUUGCAUAGGGUGAGUUGUGGUAUAUCUAUAUUUACCCAGAUGGAGGAAGAGUCCUGCAGAUUACUGAUGGUAUCAUGCCUUGAGGAUUCUUUUAUUUUUUACAUAGGGGUCUAAGUGACCAGUGGAACAUUGAUACAAACAAACAAAAUGAAACAAAAAAAAAGGACAGAAAAAUUGUUCAGAAGUGACCUUAGAAUUACUUCACUAUUCUGAAAACAUUGAAGACAUUGAAUUCAUGUGGACUCUGAGACACAUACCUUUUAUAUCUCUCACAGACACACUGGACUUGAUUGCUAUGCACAGCCUAAAUUGGCACUGCAGGUUUUUUUUAGAGCCAUUUAGAGUUUGUGUUGGUUAAGAGGUAUGUGAGUAAAUGAUGAUGAGAAGUAUGCUUGACCCGAGUGGGGCUAUCAAAUCUAGAUCCACCUGCCAGUUCCCAUUUCUUUUUGUGUUUUGUUGCUUUUGAACAUUAAACCAUAGAUAGGCCAGUGCCAAGUGGAUCAGCUGGCUUAGAACAUUCAACAUAUUGACUUAACCACCUGACUUUCACAGUGACUUGUUUCCUAGCAACAGAUGCAAAGUGAUAAAUCAAAAUUAGUCUGAGGCUACAAAUUCUACAGGGUAUUUGUUCCAUAGCACAAAGUAUUUCCCUACUCUUGCAUCACAGCACAAAAAAAAAAGAAAAGAAAAAUACCAAAUUUUAAUUAUCGGACUCCAGCAAUAAUUUUUUUAUUGGUCUUCAUACUGGCUGAAUUUUGAUAGUGUUAGGUCGAGUUUGAAGCUCUUGAAUUAGGUCUCUAAAUGAUGAGAGUUUACAUGGUUUUAUCAGGCCUUCUUAUUUAUACUUGACUGAAUUGAUAAAUGAUGAUUUUUUUGUAAUUGUAAUUUGAUGUAAUAGCCAUACAAAAAAAAAGUAACUCUUAAUACAGACUAGGUUUAGCUUUUCAUGGUUGUAGAUAUGACUUCAGUUUCGGUGCUGGAAAAUAUGUACAACAUACUACGCAGGAAAGAAAAAAUGGAGUUUUUUUUUUAAAGCAACUGCUAAAGAGCAAUGAAGACAAAAGACAUUUGGAAUGAUGUCCUCAAAAAUACAUACUCUUUGUGGAUUUGGAGGAAGAAGGAAUAGAAAAAAGGUUUAAUCCAAGGUGAAAGCUUAACCCCAAUCAGGUAGCACUAAACCUAGUAAAGAGUCCCAACAAAUACAUCGUACCUUAGGUUUUUACUAUGAACCUGUUUUAUUAAUGUUUUCUAAAUUUUAAAAAAGUGAAUGUUUGAAAAUUGCUGGGUCCCAGUGUGGUGGCUGUUGGAGUUUUUGGACCACUUGCUAGCAGUGAUUUAGAAAUUAAGAUUAGCUAAAAACCCAAAAAUCGUACGGUGCGGACCAUGCACCUUGACAAUGGUACUAACUUGUUAUUCUAUAGAACACGUUAGAAUAGGUCUAUUUUUGCCAGAGCCUUCUCCAAUCUUCCUCCAAUUACAUUUCACUAGUGUUCCUUAAGAGGUUGCUGUAUAUUAAUGGGACCUUUUUUUAAA